UGGUGCGAGGCGGUCGUGUGCGCGGAACUUUCGUCUUUCUUUUCAAGGGGCAAGAAUCUCAAUCAAAGUUAAUUUACAAGUGGACAAAAGAAGUCGAAAAUAACGCCCGAACUGAUCCAUCGGUAACGCGCGGUAACGGUUGCUGAAUUCGAAAUCGUUAAGCAUCUACGUAAGGGAAAAACGCAAGACGGGAUCCGCAAGAUCUGAAGUCGGAGUGGAUCUCUCAGUCCGUGAUUCGGUCUCAAAGUCAGCGGUUGUCGCCUCCGCCUCCGUUUCUUUUUAUCUCGAUUCGUGGCAGCAGGUGAUAUACAACGAAAAAUACAAAAUACGAUGGCCGAAUUCAGUGCAAAGAGUGUGCAAUUUUUAAAAAAUUAUUAAGAAAUUCUGUGAAAGGCAAAUCACGCAAAGCCGAGUGCAAUUGAAAGGCUCGCGAGCAACGAAUCUUCUGGAAAAGUAUUCCACAUCAAAAAUAAUUUGCAAGGAAAACUUAAUCUUGGAUAGCAGGCGAAACAAUUGGACGAAACAUAUCAGUGCCACAAGAUGACUUGCGGCAUAUCGUGUGUCGAUAAGACACUAAACAAAUCGUUUUACCAUCUGGGAAUAUGCAUAGCCAAGCAUCCUGGAUAUUUUAUUAUUAUUCCUGUGCUACUGACGCUGCUCUGCAUGACGGGCUACCAACAGCUUAAGUAUCAAAUCGAUCCCGAAUAUCUAUUUUCGCCGAUUGCGGGGGAGGGAAAGACUGAGCGAGCUAUCGUUGAGCAAUACUUCAAAGUGAAUUAUACGCAUCGCUUCAAUGUCGGACGAAUUACAAGACCCGGUCGCUUCGGGCGAGUCAUUGUGGUAACGAAAGAUGGCGAUGAAAAUAUGAUUAGAAGGGAGGUGUUCCAGGAGCUACGCCAGCUGGACAAUCUCAUCCAGAAUGCGACCACCACCUACGAUGGGGACACCUAUACCUACAAGGACAAUUGUGCCCGCUGGGAGAACGAGUGUUUCGUGAACGAUAUUCUCAACCUGGAUGCCCUGAUGGAUGAUAUCGAAGCGGGUCAACUGAAUCUCACAUUUCCCUUCAUGUUUAAUCCAGUCACUUGGGAUGCUCACUUGUUUCCCGUCUUCUUCGGUGGCACCAAGCUGACUGAAGAUAAUAUUGUGAUCAGUGUUCCGGCCAUACAGUUGGUGUACUUUGUCACAGCCGACACCAAACGACAGGAUGCCAAGGGUGCCGAAUGGGAGGAGACCUUCCUUCGAGUAGUUGGAAAUGCAGAGGACUCGGGCUUCUUUAAGCACAUCUCUGUAUCCUACUUUGCAUCCCGAACUUUGGAUCACGAACUCGAGAAAAACACAAAGACUGUGGUGCCCUAUUUCAGCUCAACCUUUUUGCUCAUGGGUCUGUUUAGCAUCAUCACCUGUAUGAUGGGUGACGCAGUUCGAUCGAAACCCUUUUUGGGUCUCAUGGGUAAUAUUUCGGCAAUAAUGGCAACCCUGGCAGCUUUCGGCCUGGCUAUGUACUGCGGCAUUGAGUUUAUUGGCAUCAAUCUGGCUGCCCCCUUUUUGAUGAUCGGAAUUGGUAUUGAUGACACCUUUGUAAUGCUGGCGGGUUGGCGACGCACCAAGGCCAAAAUGCCAGUGGCGGAGCGCAUGGGUCUAAUGAUGUCCGAGGCGGCCGUAUCGAUCACUAUUACCUCGGUCACCGACUUCAUUUCGUUCCUGAUCGGCAUCAUCAGUCCCUUUCGAUCGGUCAGGAUCUUCUGCACGUACUCGGUGUUCGCCGUUUGCUUCACGUUCCUGUGGCACAUCACCUUCUUUGCCGCCUGCAUGGCGAUUUCUGGCUACAGGGAGCGCAAGAAUUUGCAUUCCAUUUUCGGCUGCCGGGUGCAGCCAAUGUCGGUUGCCAUCAAAGAAAAACGCAACUUCCUCUACAAGGCGAUCAUGGCGGGUGGCAUCGACCCCAACGAUCCGGACAACCCCAUCGACAACAAGGACCACAUGCUGAUGGCCUUCUUCAAGGACAAGCUGGCCGCAGUGAUCAACAACAAGUGGUGCAAGGCGAUCAUCAUCUUGGCAUUUGCCAGUUAUUUGGUUGGUGCCUGCUACGGAAUCACCCAAAUAAAGGAGGGCCUCGAACGACGAAAGCUGUCCCGGGAAGACUCCUAUUCGGUGGAGUUCUUCGAUCGCGAGGACGACUACUACCGCGAGUUUCCAUACAGAAUGCAGGUUAUUAUUGCCGGACCGCUGAAUUACUCAGAUCCUGUGGUGCAGGAGCAGGUGGAGAACCUCACGAGCACUCUGGAACACACCUCGUAUGUAACCUCCAGGCGCUACACGGAGUCCUGGCUGCGUUCGUUCCUCUCAUUCCUGGAGCGCAACAAUGAGUUGCUCAAUGUGACUAUAGAUGGCGAGCAGAAUUUCAUUGAGGCCGUUAAGGAGCACUGGCUGUUCCCCGGUAACCCCUUCUCCCUGGAUGUCCGGUUUAACGAUGAUGAAACCCAAAUCAUUGCCUCGCGAUUCCUCAUCCAGGCGGUCAACAUAACGGACACUAAUCACGAAAAGGAAAUGGUGCGGGAUCUGCGACAGAUUUGCAAGGACUCGCCACUGAAUGCCUCGAUCUUCCAUCCGUAUUUCGUGUUCUUCGAUCAAUUUGAACUGGUGCGACCGGUUUCCCUGCAAGCGAUGGUGAUCGGAGCCAUCAUCAUGAUGAUCAUCUCCUUCGUCUUUAUCCCGAAUAUACUGUGCUCCUUGUGGGUGGCCUUUUCGGUCAUCUCCAUUGAGCUGGGCGUGGCCGGCUACAUGGCCUUGUGGGACGUUAACCUGGACUCCAUUUCGAUGAUUAACCUGAUCAUGUGUAUUGGCUUCUCGGUGGAUUUCACCGCCCACAUCUGCUACACUUACAUGUCCUCGAAGAAGCGCAGUCCGAAGGCUCGAGUCCGUGAGGCCCUUCACUCCCUUGGUCUGCCGAUUGUCCAGGGCUCCAGUUCCACCAUUCUGGGCAUUGUGGCCCUUCUGCUGGCCCAGAGCUACAUCUUCCUGGUCUUCUUCAAGAUGGUCUUCCUGGUGAUAUUCUUCGGUGCCAUGCACGGCCUCUUCCUGCUGCCCGUGCUGCUGUCGCUCUUUGGACCCGGUUCCUGUCUCACCUGGACGGGAAAAGAUGACGGUAGCGAUGCCGAAGUGGAUGACAGCCUGGAGGACCGUCAGCUGGAGAAGCCCUUCUCGCAGUCCUACUACAUGCAGUACCCCACCAUGGGCAUUAAUGGACCCUAUAUCUCGAAGGGAUUUUUGGGUGCUCCGUACAAGGCGUAUGGAGUGGAUGAAAAGGAUCUGGGAUUGGGCACAUCUGGCGAAGACUCCUCGGAGAGCAGCUCGAGUCGAUCGCAGCGCCGCCAGCAGCAUCAGGUGGCCGCCGCCGAGGAGGAGGUUGUGGUCCGGGAGUCACCACGCCGCAGGUACGAAGAGGGCUGGCGUCGCUCCUCCUACCAGAACAUCUAUGGACAGGAUGCAGCGCAGUUCCAGGCCCAGCCCGAUCUCUAUGGCCAGCAGGUUUCGGCGGCCGAGUGGCGCCACCGACUGGACACCCACGAGCAGCAACAGCGCCAACGACAGCGAAGAGGUCCCUAUGACAACUACCACCAGGACAUGGACAUGGAGAUGGAUAUGCAGAGGGCGCGACGCAACUCCCACGGAGACGUCAUCGAUCUGCAGGGAACGCCAAACUCCUCCGUGGACGAACGACUCCGGAGACAGGGUGAACCUCCAUUCAGUGCGGGCAGUGGCGACGAUAGUAGCUAUCGCCAUCAGCCGGUGAUGGCGAUGCCACCGCCCACCGGAGCAGUGCCCCCAGCGAAGCGGUAUCAUCGACGACGUUCCUCGGAGGAUUCCACCCAUCGCCACCAACGUUGGCCGGCGAACAUCGAGGAGCGGAGGGCGCGACGCGCCCACUCACCCGCCCACAACCGCCCAGAGACUGCCACGCCCAGCUACGCCUACCGCUCCUCCUCGCACCACAAUCUCUACCAGCCGAACGGGAAGGGUUCAAAGCAUCCGCCCACUUAUCAGUAUGGAGACUACUACCAGUGAGGACGGCGAACGAGCGAGGGAGUUACUCGUGGUUCUGUGACAGGAAUAUUCCUAAUAUAUAUAAAAAGUUGGGUGGGUCGACCUCUUAAACAAAGAUUUUCAAGAAGAGAAAGUAGUAUUUGGACAAUUAGGGGACCUUUAUAAAAACCAUUCACUUUUCAAUUAGCAUUUAGUUAGAUUUCAGACAACAGCUAAUUUGAAUUCCAAGGUAUACUUCAACAUUUUGUUUUAUAACUCUCUUAAUUUUCCCUAUAUUACUUUUUCAAUGUUUUUUUGGAAGUUUAUUUUUGUUGACAUCCAUUGCAAUCAACCCAACCAAAAAGAGAGAGACAUUGAGGGAACAGAGCAAAUUGUCUUGUCAAACAAUAUUUAAGUUAGGUCUUUUUUUAAAGCAAUCCCAACUAUUUCUGUCUUCACUUUUCUUAAGCUUGCCCCGCGUAGAAUAUAUACAUUAACGAAUACCCAGAUUAGGCAAACAACGCUCACAUUGUCCACAAGUAUUCUUUUCGGUGUGAGCUCAAAAUUGUUAGUUAAUAGUGGCAGUUCGAUCUAUUUAUCCCAAAACAUUUCAUCGAUAAGAGCUCGAGUCAGACAACUUAAGUUACCAUCUACACAUAUACUAUACACCUAGUUACAUGUAAUGCUACUUGAGUCAGACUUUGGGUUCCCCAUAUCAGUGUUUAUUUAAAUUAAUUUAGAUUAAGUGCGAGUGCGUGUACGAAGUCUGUUCAAUAAUGUUUUGUAUAGAAAAUGCAACGCUGAGUAAAUAUUUAAUAACUAUUAAUUGUUAGGAAUGGCCGCAUCAUCAAGGCCCGAUCAUUUGGGACAAGUUUGUAAAGCGUUUACAAUUUUUU